AUGCAACUGAAAAAUAGUGAAUUGCAGUCACGAGUCGUGAUUCAAGCGCUUGAAGCACUUCUCAAAAAAUUCUCAGAACUAAACGAUGACCCAAGCAAGAACAGGAGUGCUUUCAUGAUGAAGGACACUAAAGUGGACGAUUGGAGCACACUAGCCGAGAAGCGCCUUAAGUCGCUGAGUGCACGACUGAGCACGUUGGAGCAUAGCGCAUCGCAGAUUGCACCCGAAAUUGCAAACUUCCAAGCACAACUGCAAUCGUUACUCGAAGAAUUUGAUGAACGAAAGAGAGCCGGUCAAAGUCCAUCGCUGGCUAUCGACAAAAACUUCAGAGAGAGGCUGUUGAAAUUGAGGGAUUCAGUGGCAAGAACCGCAAUUUAUGCAUCUAAUAGAGAGGUGGUCUGCUCAUGA